ACGUUCCCGACGGCUGGCCAAUGGGGGGGCCCCCAAGACUUGUCUGUGCGAGCGCUGUCACGACACUCCAAGUGCAGCAGCAGCAGCAGCAGCAGCAGCAGACGCAGCAGCAGCAGCAGACGCAGCAGCAGCAGCAGCACCAGAAGCAGCAACAGCAGCAGCAGCAGCAGAGGCUCCUGAAGGGCCCUCGGAAGCUGCAAAGACGGAUGAGGACGCUAGAACAGACAUGCAGGCCGAACAAGAGGGGUCGGGCCCUCCCACAGCUGCUGCAGCAGCAGCUGCUGCAACAGCAGGUGAAGCUGCAGCAGCUGCAGCAUUCGAAGGCGCUAGCAGCCGCAGCAGCCUCAGAGCCAGGGGCCCCACCGGACGGCCCUGAGGCUCCCCCGUGGCCCGCAGCAGCAGCAGCAGCAGCAGCAGCAGCAGCAAGCCCCACAGGAAGCGGCGGCGCCUCCGCAACGAGGAGCACGGAAGGCAGCCAACGCCGCCGCUCAGCAGCAGCAGCAGCAGCAGCAACAGCAACAGCGCAGGCGAAGACUGUGCUGCUGCAGCAGCAGAAAGGCACACUGACAAGCGCGCUCAGCAGCAACAGCAGCAGCAGCAGCAGCAGCAGCAGCAGCGCACAGACGUCUAAGGGAGCCCAUGGGUCCCCUCGCACCUCUCCAGCCUACUGGACCCCAGAGGGCUCGCCGGAGGGGCCGCCAGCAGCAGCAGCAACUGCAGCAGCAGCAGCACAUGCAGCAGCAGCAGCAACCACAGCAGCAGCAAGUGCAGCAGAAGCAGCAACCAGCGCGGCAUCAACUGAGGACGAACCAGAAGGCAUGAUUGUAGAGACAUUUCAAAACCUUGCCCUAAGUGCGGCAGCAACGCAGGCACCAGGAGCAACUGAUGCAGCAGCAGCAGCAACAGCAGCAGCAACUGAUGCAGCAGCGGCAGAGCCCGAAGCAGAGGCUGCAGUGGCGGCUCCCGCUGCACGUGCCCCAGCUUCUGCAGCAACCAGAGGCGACGCCGCUACUUUUGCUGUUGCUGCUGCUGCUGUUGCUGCUGCUGCUGCUGCAGACCGCAGCGCAGCAGCGGCAGCAAAGACAGAGUGCGCUGUAGCACCAGCACUUUCUGCUGCUUCUGAAGAGGAAGCACUGAAGGCUCGUGCAGCAGCAGCAGCAGCAACAGCAGCAGCAGCAGCAGCAGCUCCGUUAGGAGGCUGCGCUUCUGAGGAGCCCCUUCAGGGUCAAACUGGCACUCUUUUGGUGCAGCAGCAGAAGCAGCAGCAACAGCAGCAAAAGCAACAGCGCCAGCAGCAGCAGCAACAGCAGCAACAGCAGCAGCAGCAGCAGCAGCAGCGAUCGCAGCGUUCGGCCGCAGAGCUCUUUGGGAUAUCACCUGUUGCUGGCGCCCCUCGAGCGCUGCGCCUGCGGCGGCGGCAUGAGCAGCAGCAGCAGCAGCAGCAGCAGCAGUUACUGCAGCAGCAACAGCAGCAGCAGAGACGCCGAACUGCAGCUGUGCGUAACCUGCAGUGCCGCGGAAGCACUGAAGCAAGAGAGAAGGACGGCAGCAGCAGCAGCAGCAGCAAGACAGAACAAAAAAAGCCGCUUGUUAAGCUGCAUGCAGGCAGCAGCAGCGCCCACUCCCAUAGCUCCAGAGACAGCAGCAGCAGCAGCAGCAACAGCAGCAUACGCAGCGCGUCCAGCUUCCGAAGCCUCUCUAGCAGCACUAGCAGUGUCCCGGAGAGAAGAGAGCCAGCAGCAGCAGCAGCAGCAGCAGCAGGCAGCAGCAAGAGCAGCAGCAAAAGUAAGCCACUGCAGCAGCAGACCGUGCAGCAGCAGCAGCAGCAGCUGCUGGUGCUGCUGCUGCUGCCGGGACAGCCGACAGGCGACUGCGGACAGCGGAGCUGGGGGAGCACGAAAUGGCCCUUCGGGGGCCCCUGCUGCUCCCUCAGGCGCCUCUGCUGCUGCAGCAAGUACCUGGCUGCAGCAAUAGCACCUUGUGCUGCUGCUGCUGCUGCUUCUACCCCAGGGCUGCCGAUGCCCCAUCGAAGCCGCAGGCGAGGCCGCUGCAACAUGCAGCAGCAGCAGUGGCUGCAGCAGCAGCAGCAGCAGCAUCUUCAAGCAAAGCAUGGUGUGCGACAGGAGCUGCAGCAGGAGGGGCUCCUUGAGGAGCAGCUGAAUGAAAAAUCACAACAGCAACAGCAGCAGCAGCAGCAGCAGCAGCUUCCGCUGCACUACAGAGCUGCUACAGCAGGCGAACCAGGUUACUGCCGCAGCAGAUCAGCUGCAAAUGCUUUUGCUGCUGCUGCACCGGCUGCUGCUGCUGCGAAGCCCCGCUGCAGCAGCACUGGGAGAGGAAAAGACUUUGGCUCUCGUGCUGCUGUGGCAGCAGAAGUGCUGCUCCCUGUAGGAGUGCCCCAGAGCAGCAGCAGCAGCAGCAGCCAGGGAGAGCGGCUGCCGUUGGCCCAGAGUCCAGUGGCUCCAGCAGCAGCAAUUCCUGUCGGUCCUGCUGCUUCGUCCCCGCAGGAAGCUGAAGAGCAGCAUCAGCAGCAACAGCAGCAGGGACAGAAUCAGCAGCAGCAGCAACAGCCGCAGCCGCAGCAGCAACGCGAAAGUCCGCAAGUACCUCCAAGCAAACCUACAGGUCAGCAUCAGCAGCAGCAGCAGCAGCGACAGCAACAGCAGCACGAUGAAGGGCGCCAAGGGCAGCAACAGAAAAAGCAACAAAAACAA